UCCCACGUUUUUGAAACUCGAUUACGCAAUAUUCAUAAUCACGUUAGUUUUAACGUUUUUAAUAGGGGCAUAUUAUUCGAUAUUUAAAAAACAGAACACAACAGAAGAAUAUUUACAUGGUGGGAGGAGAAUGAAUUGUUUAGUUGUUGCGUUUUCAAUUGUAUCUGGAGCAGUAUCAAUUCAUAUAAUAACUAUUCCAACAGAUUUUUAUUAUUAUGGUAUAAACAAUUUUCUUGGUUCUAAUUUAAGCAUCCUACUAAUAGGAUUAACAUCGUAUUUCUUAAUUUUUCCCGUCUUCUACAAAUUACAACUUACAAGUAUUUACAGUUAUCUCGAAUUAAGAUUCGAUAAAAAAGUCAAAUUAUUGUCAUCUUUUAUAUUUGCUCUGCAGAUUAUCAUUAGUUUUCCUAUUAUUACUUAUGUAUCAGCACUUACAGUUUCAUUAAUAACCAAUAUAAACGUCUACGUAAUAACAUAUACCUUAAGUAUUUUAUGUAUUAUUUACACAAUUUUUGGUGGCAUAAAAGCUAUCAUAUGGACUGAUGCGCUACAAUAUUUAUUUAUUACAAUAUGCGGAUUAAGUAUUGUUAUUGUUGGCUUUUAUAAUAAUGGAAUUUGGAAUGUAUACAAAACAGCAAGAGAUACUGAAAGAUUAAAAGUGGAUUUUGAUGUAAAUCCAAUGAAAAGAGAUACAUUUUGGCUUGCAUCAGCAGCAUAUUACUUUCAAGUAAUUGGUUUAUUAGGAUUUCACCAAGGAGCAGUUCAAAAAUAUUUAUCACUAAAAAAAUCGAGUGAUGUUAAAUGGUCUCAUUUCUUUGCAUACUUGGGAUUAGCGAUAGUAUUAUUAUUAUCCGUCUUAUGUGGUUUUGUUACUUUGUACCAAUACGUUUAUUGUGAUCCGAUGGUGUCCAAAAAAAUUACGAAACCCGAUCAAUUGAUAUCGUAUUACGUCAUGGAUUCCACAACACAAUUUCCGGGUUUAGCUGGUCUUUUUGCAUCCGGAAUUAUUAGCGCGAGUUUAAGUACAUUGUCAUCAGGCUUAAAUAGUGUGGCAGUUACGGUUUAUUACGAUUUUUUUAAACCAAAUUUGUCAAAAAAAUUAACAGAUAAACACGAAACAACAUGCCUAAAAGUUUUAGUCCUAAUUUUUGGAAUUUUAUGCGUUUCAUGUACAUACAUUGUUAAGUACUUGGAAAGAAAUAUUUUUCCAGUUUUCAUUUGCUUUACUGCUUUAACAAAUGGGCCAAUGGCUGGAUUAUUUAUUGUUGGUUUGUUUAUACCAAAAAUAAAUGCGAAUGGUGCAUUUUAUGGAGGAUUAUCAUCAUUAUUUUUUAUGGCAUGGCUGGUUAUUACAUCACAAUGGUAUCAAAUGCAAGGUUUUAUCAAACAUCCCACUCUUCCAGUUUACACAAAUAGCUGCAAAACUGCUAUUGAGAUCAACGAGGUUUACAAUCAAACGAGAAAUGAAAGUGCACCUUGGAUAUACAAAUUAUCUCAUUUCUGUUUUCCUAUCAUUGGUAUUAGUGUUGUUAUGCUUAUCGCAUUUUUAAUAAGUUAUUUAACUAAAAGAACAAAGAACGAUGAUGUACCUGAUGAAUAUUUAAGCCCAUUAGUGUGUUAUAUUCGUAAGAAAUGUAACGUGCCUAGAUACAAAAAUGUAUUAGACGCAACUAAAGAAUGUGAACAUAAUAUGUAAUUUGUAUAGGUUAAUUGUAUAGGUAAUUGUGACUCAAAAUUGAAAAAUUUGCCAAAUAUAAAUCGUUUUUUAAAUUUAUCGCAA